GAACGAUUGAGGGGAAAUCAUGCACACUCCCGAAAAUGACGGAGCCAAAUGAAGUCAAGGUUGAAGCCCUCUUGAGCAUAAUCAACUCCUCCGCACGCCAAGCAAUGGCAGAAUACAAGAACACCGGACACGGUGUCCCUGGUAUCGAUGCAGGUACCCUCCACCCCCUCGACUUCGCAACGGAUACACUUGCCCUCAGAAAGGCUAUCAGGCUACUCGAGGGUGCGUGUGAGCAAUUGAACACAAUACUGGCUCCCCCCCAACACACAGCAUAUAAUUGUGUCAAUAAUUACAGUUGGGCGUGCAUGAACGUCGCCACGCGAUCAUGUAUUGCAGACGUCUUGGAAAAACACCCAGAAGGUCUUAGUGUGGAUGCAUUGGCUGACGCAGUCAACCUCGAUAAGACCAAAAUCGCACGUGUCUUGCGAUUGCUGACCCUCAGGGGUUGCUUCAAAGAAGUCAAACGAGGCGUAUUCGCAAACACGCGACUCUCCCUCGUGCUCAAGUCAACAAACGAUGUUGGGUUUAAUUUACGACACCAGCAAGGCUGCCACGAAUUUGCUGCGGUUCUCUAUGAGACCAUGACCAAUGAAGAGUUUGCAAGAUCAAACGAGGUUGAGAAGUCCCCUCAAGCAUUUGCUCUCAAAAAGGAAGGCAAAAACAACAGCUUCUGGGAAAUGGAUGAAGAAGCUUGCGGAAUAUUUCACAAAUGCAUGAUAGGCCAUGCUGUGAUCCAUGGCUCAUAUGCGGUGCUGCAUUAUUACCCUUGGGACAAUGUAUCAUCCGUGGUGGAUGUUGGAUCUGGAACCGGAACAAUAUCUAUUCCUCUGGCGAAAAGGUUCCCUCAUCUCAGAGUAACCAAUCAGGAUCUCCCAGAAACUUUAGAGCUAUCAAGAAAUACAUGGGAACAGAAUGCUCCUGAGGCGCUUCUUGACGGGCGCAUAGAGUUCGUUCCAUUGAAUUUCUUGGAGGAGUCACCUAUUGUUGGAAAGGAUGUUUACUACUUAAGGAGCAUCAUUCACGACUGGCCGGACAAUGAAGCAAGUGUGAUUCUCCGCAAUAUUCGCAAAGUAAUGGGACCAAACAGCCGAGUGUUGAUUCAUGAAUGUGUGCUCUUGCGCAAGUUCGAAGAGCCGGAUGUAGUGACUGAUGAGUCUACUAAGGCGCUGGAACCUGCGUUAUUGAACUUCGGUAGUAACACACCAUACCAACAUGACAUGACUAUGUGGCUUCUUUUCAAUGGCAAGGAGCGAACCUUGAGCGAAUUCAAGAACAUUGGUGCCAGUGUUGGUCUAGUACUCACCCAAACCUAUGAUCUUGUAGGGAUGAUGCUCAUGGAGUUCAGAAUAGCUCAGGACUGAUGCCGAACACAAUUUGUGAUAUUCUGUUAUUGUAUUUUUGCCCUCAAUUGAUCAUACCAUGGUUUAACGAA